GAGUGGUAUCAGUGGUAAAGGUGAACUCUCCCUCACCACCAAGAUGGUUCUAGUCGAGGACAAUGUACCGAGUUAUGAUAGCGUGGUGAAUGGGACCCACGACGUUCAGGAACCCCGUCCGCCUCCCAUCGCCCACCUCGACGAACAACUCCCAAGCUACUACGCGGCCACCCACGCACACGCACACCCACGACCUGUUGUUAUACGCUCUGAUCUCGGAAUGGCACGGUCUCAGAUGCGAGACCCUAGUUUUGCAAGAAUGAGCGAGACCCCCGUACCCAGCGGUUCACGACCAGUACGUCCAUCAACUACAUUAUCAAAUAAUUUGACUGAUUUAUUGCAGACAUUGACUGCUCCCUCGAGGGCUCGAGCGAGUCCUCCUCCUCCGAGCUUUGUCACCCUCGACAACCGAGCCUCACAGAACCCGUCUUGGCCUACCACCAACCACAUUCACUUUCAGAAUGCUACUCGACCUGGACACCCACGGCGUACCUCGAGCGACUCCAGCGACUCUGAUUUGGAGAGGGGACGACCGAGUGAGGAGAGACCGAAAGAAGUGCGGUUGUUGACGACGAUUGCACGGUUGCCUACCAAGUUUGGAGUGGGCAAGGCAAAGGAGCCGGAGAAUGUAUCCUUGUUGGGGAGCACCAAUAAUACUAGUACUCACCACGCUCAUCACUUUGGAAAUCCGACACCGCACAACUCGCUGCCCGUCACUUUGAAUCAGCCCAAAGUCGAGACGGGUGAUGUGGUUCUCGCCCCUCCGACGUGGAACCACGAUAACAAGGGCAGGUUACAGCGAGCCAAGACGAGGAGGAUCGUCACUGUAGGCAGCUGGGCAUUGUUCUUCGGCGGAACAACUCGAGUGUCGCGACGCUUGUCCAAAAAGGAUAAAGCAAUAGAAAAGGGACACCGCGGCCAGUCGGGACCCCGAUCACUGACACCACCUGCCCCCGCCUCUCUCGACUCGACACUCCCCUCUCCCUUAAAAGUCACUAGACUUUUGCCUCUGGGCUCCCCUCUCUAUCGCUCAAAAAGCCGCCAUCUCCACGGCGCCUUCCACUCGCACACCACCACCAACAUCAACGCCAUCUUCUCAAGGUACAUUAGCUCGGCAGAGAAGGAUGGAAGGGCGAUCAGUGGAGCCCUCGCCCUCGGUGGAGAUGAUCGCCAGUCCCGGGUCACGUCAUCACCACCACCAGCGCUCACCCGCCUCCUCGUCCCUUUCAUCCAUCACCAAUUCUCUCCGCAACGUUGUGCCAUUCCAGCACAAGGAGAGAACGACAAUGAUG